UGUCUUCUUUAUAGUUGCAUGGAUGGGGAAGUCGAUAUCAGCCGGUUUUCAUACUCAUAUUGUAGGGUAUAUAAAUAAUUCACUCAUACAUUUUUAUCAUUUGACCAACAGAAAUCAGUGGUGGAUUGUUAACGAUUGUAUUGUUAUUUGUUAUAAUGAUUUUUCUCAUCGUUAUUGUGGUUUUGAUCUCCACUUUGGACCUUGGAACUGCUGGACGGGAUUGGGUGACUACUGAAGAAUUUGAAAAUUAUAUAACUCCAGAAGAUAUGCGAGAAUUCAUAAAAUGGUGUCAACGAAACGAUGCACUUGAAACGAAUGAAAUUGGAGGGGGCGGAGAUGUCAAUUAUGCAGUUUUUGAUGAAACAACUGCACUGCCAGUGCCCGAUACAGUAGACUGUUUUGGAUUGGGUUUACUGACGCGAGCACUGCCGCUCGACAUGCAGCCUGGCACUUCUGACGAUGUUAACACGCAUUUCUACUUCUCCUCUAGGAGAAAUCCGGCAAGGGUCCAGGUAUUUCCUGGCUCGCAGUUCGGCCUAGAAUGGGUUGACUUCAAACCUGAAAGAAAAACUGUCAUGAUUGUUCACGGAUUUAUGAGUCACAGCAACGCUUCCUGGGUGCUUGAUAUGACUAGAGCGUUUUUGGAAUGGCACGACGUGAAUGUCAUAGUUGUGGAUUGGAGCAGGGGCGGUAACACGUGGAAGUACUGGCGUGCUGUCGCCAACACGCGACGCGUUGGCUCCGACAUUACCGGGUUUAUGAAGCAGCUGAUGGCAGCGACUGGCGCUAGAGUGAAGGACUUCCACUUCGUGGGUCACAGCUUGGGAGCUCAUAUUGCAUCCUACGUCUCCUACCAUAUCGGCAAAGUUGCGAGGAUUACAGGUCUAGAUCCUGCUCAACCAUGUUUCCAAACAUCGAAUCGCGUGGAGCGUUUGGACGACACCGAUGCAGACUUCGUGGACGUCAUUCACACCAACGGUCGACUGCUGCACAGAAUUGGCUUCGGGCUUCCUGAUCCUAUCGGUCACGCAGACUUCUACCCUAACGGCGGUAUGCAGCAGCCGGGUUGUAAACAAAACAACAGCUCUCUCUGGCAACGACUGCUACCUGUGGCCAGAUUGCAACAAGCGAUCUGCAAUCAUGGGCGUUCUUACCUUCUUUUUACGGAGUCGCUGAUCAACAGCAACUGCAGCUUUCGUGCUCACCAGUGGAACCUAACUUAUGAAGGAGUAAACGCAAGUCUUAUAGCGGCCUGUCGCAGAUUUUCCUCAUGUUCUGUGAUGGGUAUCAAUGCUGUGGGAGAUGCGCGGGAGACCCGAGCCAAUGGAGCGUACUUCGUCUUGACUACCGAGAGGAACCCUUAUUGCCCCACGGAAGCUGAACGUCGUCAUCCUACGCCGGAUUUACUGAAAGACCUUCGUCGAGGGUUCCGCAUAGACCGGUCAGCCAAAGAUAUACCUACGCCCACACCAGCCUAUGCUGACCCCGACGUACAAGAAAUACCUACCACUACCGCUAAGAAUUGGUUUUGGAGACUUGUUAGUAACUUAGGUUAAUUAAUAUCUAUGAAUCUAAUAUUUUUAAUGGACAUAUUGUAACAAAGACAAUAUAAAGACUGAAUUGUUAAAAUAUGACGUUGACGUUAUCAAUAUAUUUGCAUUUUUCAUAAUUUGUAAGUUGAAAUAAUUAUUGAAGCAUAAGAAUUUAUAAGCGCAAUAAAUGAUUUUUGAUAUAAUUAAUAAAGAAUGUGACAUUGUGA